ACGUGCCCUUCCAACCGCUUUACCUUCUUGGUGAGGAAGGCGGUUCUACCUUGUCUUGCUGAACAAGGCGGCCUCUGAGUCAAAAUAUAAAGACCCAAAACCAAUUUCUUCACCAAGUUACCAAAUUUCACUUACCCUCCUUGUGGAUUCUCCGGUGUUGGUGAAGAUGGAAUCGCAGAAAAGAGAACUUGAAAAACAGCCUGCUGGAACAACGGCUACUCCACCUGCUGCUGCUGCAACCCCCACAUCUUGCCGAAAGAAGAAGAAUGAACAAGCCACUUUCUUGGAAGACGUGAAGGAUCAUAUUGAUGAGUUUAUCCACGCUUCUAUGGACGAACACGUGUCUUGCUUCAAGAAGACCAUUGACAAGAUGUUUAAAAUGUCAAAGGUUGUUGCUGAGAAGAAUGCUGCUGACGCCAAGGGAGUUGAGAGUUCUCUUCCCCUUCGAACAACAGUAGCAGACUAAUUUCUUCUCCUAUUUUGGAUGGUUCUGAUACCUCGAGUACUAAUAACUUUGCUCUGAAUUUGGGUGAUGUUUAUAUUUCAACUAACUUGAAAACUUAAGCUUGUGGGAUAAAUGACAACUAUUAUGGAGUCUAUUUCCUAGUUGAUUAUGGUAGGACUGCUCUGGUUAUCCAAACAACAUGUGUGCUUUCAAGGUCAUUUUAGUAUGUCUCUACUCUCUAGUCUCUGUUGGAUUUGAUCGAAAUGGUAAAUCUGUUUCCACCUAC